AUGGAUAUUGAUGAUAUCCUCCGCCAAGUCGAUCCCUCGUCUCACGGCGUUCCUAGCGAGGCACGCGACCUGCAGGCUUUGACGCGUCUCUGGGUCGCCGAGCGAUCAGCCCCUGAGCUUCUAGAAUGGCCGACGGACGGACUGUUCGAGCGUGUUAAUGCGCGCAUCAAGACCCAGAUAGAAAAGGUUGAAGAUAUGACAGGUGACAUGGACCCAAAGACCAACUUUGCCCUCAUCGUUAUUCAGACUGAGCUUGAGCGGUACAAGUUUCUCAUGAGAAGUUUCCUGCGAGCCCGCCUCGCAAAGAUUGAUAAACACACCUUGCACUACCUUUCAAGCCAAGAGCUCAGAGACAGAUUGUCACCAACAGAACUAUCCUACGCCACAAAACACCAGGCUCUUUUGCAUAAUCACUACCUCUCAUCCUUCCUGGCAUCAUUUCCCCAGCAGCUGCAAAAUCUCAACGACACAGCAGGCAACAUCAGCAUGAUCGAUUCACCAGAUUUGGACACGGCUGUUUUUAUUCGUAUGCUCAGAGACAAGGACGUUUACGGCAAGGGAACUGAUGCUGAUAUCACCCUUCCUGCUACAAACGGUGAUGUACUUAUCAUACGGUGGUCCAGCGCAAAGCACAUGGUUGACGUUGGGGACGCUGAACUUGUCUGA